UUUUCAUUCACCACCGAUCUUUUCAUUGCUCCUCUUCCUCUAUCAUUUCUGUAUUUUCUUGAGAUCCAAAAGAAACCCAUUUGAGCUCUCUCCUUUUGCUUCCAUCUCCCCCAGAUCUUGCAGAUUCUCAUUAGACACAGAAUUCAGGAACUUCUCAAACCUUUUGAUAUAAAAGAAGGAAAAAGAAGAAAAAGAACCAGUUUGUUUUGCGUGGUUUUGGUGAUUAAAAGUAGGUCUAGGUGUGGGGUUGUUGAAUGCGGUUGAAUUUCUCUUCCUAGUCUGCUUUUUUGUUUGGUUACCGAGAAAAUUUCCUGUUUCUGGGUCUUUUGGCUUUUUAAGUGAAAGGAGAGCUAGAGGGAAGAAAGAAGAGAUCUUUUUGGGUGUUUUCUUAAAUUGGGUUGAAGGAAAGAUGCAACAAAAUCAGUUGAAGAAGGAGCUGAAAGAGCUGGACUUUUUUACUGAAUACGGGGACGCUAACAGGUACAAAAUUCUUGAAGUCAUUGGUAAGGGAAGCUAUGGAGUAGUUUGUGCAGCGCUCGACACACAUACCGGGGAGAAAGUGGCGAUAAAGAAAAUACAGGAUGUAUUCGAGCACAUGUCCGAUGCAAUUAGGAUUUUGCGUGAAGUAAAGCUUCUUAGACUUCUUAGACAUCCGGACGUAGUUGAAAUCAAACGUAUAAUGUUGCCACCAUCAAAGAGGGAGUUCAAGGACUUGUUUGUAGUUUUUGAGCUCAUGGAGUCGGAUCUUCACCAAGUCAUCAAAGCAAAUGAUGACCUAACGCAAGAACAUCACCAGUUUUUCCUUUACCAAAUGCUCCGUGCAAUGAAAUAUAUGCAUACGGCCAAUGUGUACCAUCGUGACCUUAAACCGAAGAAUAUACUGGCUAAUGCAAAUUGCAAGCUUAAAGUUUGUGACUUUGGGCUAGCUAGAGUUGCUUUUAGUGACACCCCAGUGACAGUCUUCUGGACGGAUUAUGUUGCUACACGAUGGUAUAGGGCUCCAGAGCUUUGUGGAUCUUUCUUUUCCAAGCUUGUUUAUCUGCAGUACACACCAGCCAUUGAUAUUUGGGGCAUUGGCUGUAUCUUCGCCGAGGUAUUGAUCGGGAAGCCCCUAUUUCCUGGAAAAACUGUCGUUCAUCAGUUGGAAUUGAUAACUGAUCUUGUAGGGACACCUUCAUCAGAAACAAUUGCCGGGGUUCGAAAUGACAAAGCGAGAAAAUACUUGUCUGAAAUGCGGAAAAAACGUCCUGUGCUGUUUUCACAAAAAUUUCCAAAUGCAGAUCCGUUAGCAGUACGGUUAUUGCAGAAGCUAUUAGCAUUCGAUCCCAAGGACAGGCCAACUGCUGAGGAGGCUUUAGCCGAUCCUUACUUCAAAGGGUUGGCUAAAAUCGAGAGGGAACCUUCUUGUCAACCAAUCUCGAAAAUAGAGUUCGAGUUUGAGAGGCGACGGGUGACAAAGGAUGACGUUAGGGAAUUAAUUUACAGGGAGGCACUAGAAUAUCACCCUCAGCUGCUCAAGGACUAUCUAAAUGGACAUGAAGGAGCCAAUUUUCUUUAUCCUAGCCCCGUUGGUCAAUUCAAAAAGCAGUUCGCAUAUCUUGAGGAAAACGGUGGUAAAAGUGCACCGGUCUUCCCUCCGGAGAGGAAGCAUGUGUCCCUCCCAAGGUCUACGGUUCACUCGGAUUCUACCCCUCCAAAUACACAGUCAACUUCGGUUUUGUGUGAGAAUCGGAAAGAUAUAGAAGUUGAUUCCAAAAAAGUAGCGAAUGCGAUUACUGGUCCGAGGCCAACACGCCCUCCUCCCAGGGUGCCAUCGGCGAAGCCUGGGAGAGUUGUCGGAUCGGUCGUACCGUGCGAUGAUGGGAAAAACGUUAAAGACGGUAACGAUGCUAAGAACUUCUACAGAAACACAGUCCUUCCUCCACAGAAUUUCUCCCCACAUUGUUUCCACAUAAAUCAAGAGAAACCAGGAAUAUGUACCGACAAGAAACCGCAAGCCAAACCGCUACCGCAGUUUAGCACGGCGGGAAAACCUGCGACGGGAACAGCUUUCGAUAAGAACAGCAACCCCUAUCACCGAUCUCAGGCCAAGACUGAGCAAAGACUACCCAUCGAUGCGAAACUCCUGCAGGCACAAACCCAGUUCGGUGCAGCCGUCGCCAUAGCGGCCCACCGAAAUGUAGGGACGGUUCAAUUCGGAUAAACACGAAACGGGUCUAUAUCGCCCGAUCGGUCUAGUUAGCCGAGUGUUCAUUUGUGAAGGGGAGGGUCUCUGGUGUUUGCUAGAUAGUUUCCCGUUUAUCUAAUUUAUGUCCUGUAAUUAGCAUGUGUUGUAUCAUUGAAUUUCUAUCAGUGGAAUAAAGUUGUUUCCUUUUUCGUAGGAA